AUGCAGAUUAACUGCGCCACGCUUGACGGUGGCCAGGACUUCUCGGGCUACGUGCUUAAACCUGCGGUGCUACGGGUCAUCCAAGUGCUCCCAUACGAACCCGAACUUCCUGGGGGCAAGAAGGAGCGCAGUCCUCCCCGCCAACAAGGCGAUGAACCCGGUCUGGUCUUUAUCCGAUGGUCUAUCAAGCUCUCUAACGAUAGCAAGAACUACAAUAACAGACCGGCAGUGGCCACCUACACUGCUAAGCUUAGCAACCUCAAGCAAGGCUACCGCACCUUACCUCUUCUCAACAAUACUGGUGACCAGUACCUUUUUUCAAAGCUCUUCUAUAAGAUCAAGGUUGAUUCGAUUAAGAUGAUGAUCGACGCACCUGCCGCGCCCUAG